AUGUCAGUUGUUAGGCCCCGGGUGAAAGUCGCAUGUAAGCUAUGUCACUCGAGGAGAGUCAAAUGUGACCGAACGGAAGAAUCGGCAUGCACCAACUGUCAGCUUGCUGGUCAGGAAUGCCAGUCCAUCAUUUCACGGCGUGGAAAAUACAAACGACACCGAAAUGAACCGGGCCGGGUACGUUCAGUCAGAGGAUUAAAAAAUGGAGGCCCUCUGCCCGACCCUUCCCCGAAAGGCGAUUCCACUGUCAAUUCGCAUGCCGGCCUGCCGGCUAUCACCCAGGAAGCGUGCGAGACCGUUGCAGCUCCUAGGGAAACAUGUGAAGAAGCGCCGCCUCCGCCUGUGGACUCCAGUUCUAACACCCAAGGGAACGACAACGAAAUGGUCCACUAUGGGGAUAGCUUUAACCUGAAUUAUAUCUUCCGUGAAAUGUGUGACCCGUUCGAUACGGCCUCAGGUGUAUGCUCCCCAGAGAAAAACUCGGAAAACCUAAAAAACUUGGAGAGCCUGUAUCUCGAGAAUCUGGAUGGCUUGACAAGACUUGCACUCGAUGAGCGAAAGAGAGACGAUAAUUUACGUUUACGCAGCCAUGGAGCGUUUAGGAUGCCUCCUAAGGAGGUUGGCGACGAGCUGAUAAGGGUAUUCUUCCGGUACUCUUUACCGAUGUCAUCGUUGCUCUUUGACCGAGAAGACUUUUGCCUAAAGUACGAGAGCGGGCGUAUUUCUCCGCUACUUUUGCAUGCUAUCCAUUUCGUUGCGAUUAUUCAUUGCGAGGAUUCCGUUUACAAAGCAGCUGGUUUUCAAAAUCGACAUGAAGCGAGUUGCGCUUUUUAUCAUAGAGCGAAAGCGUUGUAUGACGCAAAUUACGAGUCGGAUUCGAUAGUCAAUCUCCAGACCGUCUGCCUUCUGUCUCAGUGGUGGGGAACUCCCACGGAGCAGAAGUAUACAUGGCAUUGGAUGGGCAUUGCAGCCAGCCUUGCGCAGUCGCUGGAAUUGCACCGAUCGAGAGCAUAUGCUAACCUCAACACAAAACAUCGGAAGCUAAGGCGAAGGAUGUGGUGGGGUAUAUAUAUACUAGACAUUCUCGAAUCAUUGAUCUUGGGUCAAACACCGCACGUCAACGACGCAUACUGCGAUGUGUCGCAGCUCACUGAAGAUGAUUUUGACGACGAGGACGAAGAAAUUAUCGAGUCACAUAUGUUAGGAAAACGAACGACCGAAUCUACCUUAUUCUUGAUAUACCUCUCGGAUCUUACUACAAAAAUAAGCAGGUGCCUUUUGAUGACCUUCGGUGCCAAUGCCGACGAAUCGACAAGGACCGAGUCUCUCGAAACUCUCAGUUCAUGGGAAACUUCUCUGCCGAAGGAAUUACAUUAUCCAACCUCCACCAUCUCGAUACAAAAUGGCUUUUGGGCUUCUUUGCUCCAUUUACUUUAUUACACUUGUCGAAUACUAUUACACCGAAAUGGAUCUCAUUUCCCCGAUAGAAUGGCCGUGGGAACGACCACAUUUGAUGCUGCCGUCAAAGUGGUCCGAAUGCUGGAGGACCUACUUUCGUCAGAUGCGCUUUGUUUCUCACCCCUAUAUGUAAUCGCGCCGACCUUUGCUUCCUUGUCUACUCAUAUCGCCAACAUGCAAAGCUCAUCCCAAAAAGUCAGGGAUGUCUCUGAGCACAGAGUUCAUCUAUGUAUGCUCGUGUUAGACAAACUUCAAGACUACUGGCCGCCUGUUGCUUGGAACUAUCGGCUAUUUUCUCGGAUUCUUCAGGCUUUGAAAGCCCGUCAAUCGGUGGAUAAAUGCCCCCCAUAUCAAGACUUUUCAGCUAAUGCGGGUUUUCGAACCCCACAACCGGGGUCAAGUUCUUCCCGACAUAACCAGAACUCACUGGGAGAGAGCUUUGUCUGCGGUUUGGCUAGCGAGUUUCCCAUGGUUGAUGCAACAGUGGAACCUGUCGACAUCGCCACUACAGCCUUUUCUUUUGGAGGUCUGCUAAUGAACCCCCAGUUUAAUGCGGAAAUCCCGUUUUUAUACCAAGAGAACGCCUAUAAUCCAGGAUUGUAG